AUGGCUCGCCUCUGUCGCCUUGCAACGUUCUUGCUGGUCCAGGCUGCCGUAGCAGUUGCCGCUCCCGCACAUAUUUCCUCACACUGUGCCAAAUUAAGAUCCCUGUCCCUCGAGCAGUUCAACGCUUCCAUCGUCAACGCAACGUACCAUGCCGCCAAUGCCUUCAAUGUUUCCGAGACGUUCAACGACAUCCCCUUCUGUGAAGUACAGGCCCAGGUACCGUAUGGGAAGAACAAUUCGCUUUCAUUCGUCGUAUGGCUACCAGAUGAGUGCGAUUACCAGCAACGUUUCUUAGCCGUCGGUAACGGCGGCUUCGCAGGAACCAUCGACACGGUAUCCAUGCUGAAGCAACUCAAUGCUGGCCUGGGGCUCGUCGUGGCUGGAGGAAACGGCGGUCACGAAGCCACAGGGAACACUGGAGACGGUUUUCUGCCCUUCAUGCACGACCCUGGCCAAAUUCGUGCUUGGAUUCAUGAUGGAAUUAGUCUCUUCACUAGCGCUGCAAAAGAAGUAGUCUUGGCUUAUUAUGGGAAAGCAGCAAAGAAAUCCUACUAUGCCGGAUGCUCUACAGGCGGAGCUCAGGGAUAUGCUUUGGCGCAAUAUCAUCCCCACUUGUUCGACGGCAUCUACGCUGGAUCCCCCGGAUUCUGGUACAGCCACCUGAUGCUUUCAUUCUUGUGGAACCUACAGAAGACCAAUGUAGGUGGUACAUCCCUGAGAAAACCGCAACUGAACUUCACCGCUCAGGCAGUUCUGGACACCUGUGAUACAUUGGACGGUGUUCAAGAUGGGCUCAUCGAAAACCCCCUGCUGUGCAAUUUCGACAUUGAUUCGUUAGUCUGUGGAGGCUCCUCGGAACCUGAUCGAUGCCUCUCGCCUGAUCAGAUCGAAGCCGCAAAAGGCAUUUAUGCAGGGCCGCGGCGAGCUGACAACGGAGAAAUUCUCUACCCCGGCUUUAGCUUCGGCAGUGAGCGGGAAUGGCUACUGCAAGAGGGUUCCCUAGGAAACGAAUACGCCGUGCCGGUGUUGCGAAACAUGGUUUUCGAUGAUCUCAAUUGGGAUCCUUCAACUUUCGACUGGUCUACAGACGUCGACCUCGUCGGUUCCCGCGCUUCAGUCUUGAUAGAUGAGAUCAGCGCGAAUCUCACAUCCUACCGACGAACGGGCGGCAAAUUCCUAACCUCACAAGGCUGGAGCGAUUCGUACAAUGCCGGCGAGCUGCCCGUAUCUCACCUAGAGGACAUUCAAGCUCUUCUGGGCGGUGACAUCAGCGAUUUUUAUCGUUUGUUCAUGAUCCCCGGAGGAGGUCAUUGCGGUGCAGCGCAGUACUCACCGGAAGUCCCGGCAGAGUAUCAUUAUCUUGGUCCUCUCAUCGAGUGGGUCGAGGCCGGCACACCGCCAGCGCAGCUUCUCUCGUCAGACCCUCCAGACAAGAGCAAUCGAACGAGGAAGCUCUGCCCUUGGCCUCAGACGGCACAUUUGGUCGGCGAAAACGUCAAUGACUGGAAAAAUUAUCGCUGCGAAUGA